AUGCCAGAUCCAGAUUAUCAUCCUUCCCAUCUGUCAAAUCCGACAUCGACCUCAACCUCAAUCUCAAUUGCGGGUGGAUUACGAAAACGAAUAGUAAUGAAUCCACCACCAUCGUUCAUACAAUACUUGGCAUCCAUCGCUCCUCCCGCCCCUCCACCUCAAUCAAAUGGUCCAAUGAUGAUUAAUUCGAAUGGACAAGCUGUUUUGCUGUCCCCCAACCCGAAUUCAGGUUCGAAAGGGGCACAGAAUGCCCUUCAACCUCCUACUAUCGACGUCGACAAUUCCGACAACGAUCCAUCUGCUGGUGGUAGUGUGAAGGGUGAUGGUCAGGUAGUAUUGAAAGGUGAUAAAGUGGUGUUGGUAGCUCCUACCGAGACUCCUAGUCCCACAACCACUCCUACUCUGACCCCUACGGUGUUUGAAUUGGUGUCCUCGGUAGUCGAUAGUACUGCGAUGGCUUCUUCGGCCAUUUCGUCUAUUGGUCCUGCCACACCUACUCCAAUGUCCAUUUCAACGACAGAUCCAAUGACUAGCACAAGUACAGCUAUUACUGUCACUUCCACUCCAGCGACUACUAGUAAUGGUAUCAGUACGACCUCUACAUCUAUAUCGAGUACUUCCACCUCAUCUACCUCAGCUUCCCAAUCCUCCACUUCCACUUCCACUGCCAAGUCGUCUCCCGCUUCAGAUCAUCACCCACCUUCGGCAGGAAUAAUAUUCCUCAUUAUUCUCCUCGCUCUAGCGAUAUUCAUCGCCCUCGCUUCCCUCCUGCGAUACAUGGUCAAAUCACGUCGAUUACCAUGUCUGGGUAGAUCAAGGAACGACGAUGAUGAUGAUGGACUAUCAGACUUGGUUAGGGGUUUCGAUACUCCAAGGACAUUAGGUGGAGGAGGUUAUAAUCCUUAUCUUCAUGCUUCUACCUAUCCACACCUCUCUGAUGUCGAUGAUAAUCAAGAGAAGAGUGAAUUGGAAAGACGAUCAAGUCUAUUUGCUCAUCAAUCUACUACAAGUGCUAAUGGCAGAUCACCAUUCUUACACACCCAAUCACAAUCCAACUCUCCAAUCGGAUAUAAUGGGAGUAUGGACAUGGAUAUACCGGAUUUACCUAUUCCACCACCUAUAGCUCACGGUAUGGGGACGAGUACAUUACCUCAUCAUUUGUUAGGUGAGACGGGUCCGUUGGAAGUGCGCAAUGCAGUACCAGGUGAGAUGGACGAGCAUGAGCAUGAGCAAGAGCUUGCGCAAGAUGAGAGAGAAGUAGAGGGGAUAGAUGGGUUGGUAGGAUUGGUAGGAUUGGGUUUGGGUCAAGGUAGUCCGAGAUUCCUGGGUGUUAAUGGAAACGGUCUACCUGUACCUUGGUCUACACCCUUACCUCCCCGACCUUCAUCAAUCGAUUCAUUCGAUAAUCAUCAACUCGACCGGAACCUACAUCCUAAUCCAUUCGGAUCAUCUUCCACUUUAUCUGCCGCUCAAGCACCACCCUUGGGAUUCCCCUCACCAUCCCUAUCUCACGAUUCGUUAAGUCUUCCUCAGAGAUCUGCGACUUGGGCUAGUAAUUUGAGGAAUACAUUGUAUAACGCUAUUUCAGCUGCUAGAGUACCUACCGUCGGUUCGACCGCCGUAGGAUACCCAGGGAUGGGAGAUGAAGAUAAGUUUACUAGGACUGUGAGCGUCGGGAAUAUAUAUAGGAACGCAUCUUCAAGGAGGAAAGCCAUACCAUCGUUUGAUCUGGAGAAAGGUUUGAAAGUAGUUGACGAGAAAGAUGAUAUUGACGAUAGAAUGAAGAGUGACGAUUCGUCGUCUACUUUGAGUAUUCCUCGGAGACCUGCUGGAGCUGGAGAAAGAUUUAAAGGGUAUUAUUCGAGAUCGAAAAGUUCAAUGACAACCACUACGUUUUCGGUUGAUGGAGAUGGAGAAGAAGUAGAGGAAAUGAGACCUCCUACUAGGAUGGCUGGUGGGGCGAGAGCAGCAGGUGCUAGAACAGGGAGUUUCGUGAUUGUCUAA